GGAGAGAGAGGAAGGCCGGGAGUCAAAGAGGGAGAUCGGGAUGUGAAAAGGAGUCAAUGCAUCUGGUGCUGCGGAUAAACAAGAGAAGAUGGUCCGAUCUUGAACUUCCACAAUGCCCACUGGACGUGUAUGGUGCCGUCACCAAUCAUUCCUGCCGGACAUCCAUGAAGCUUAUAAAAAGGCAUAGAUCUCUUACCGAGAGCAGGAAGCAACAUGAAGCCUGGACACGAAAGGAGCCAGGAAUGUCUUCCACCAAAGAAGCGAGAGCUUGUUCAAAGCAGUGUGAGCGUAGAGGAAGCUCCGAAGGUAGACGGUAGACGUGCUAAUGACAACUCGGCUAACGAAACCUCAGGCUGGUCCAGAGGAGUGCUUGUGGCAGCAGGGCAAGGACACGGGGUGAGAUAUGAAGUGGCUGGUGAGGGAGCAGAGACAGUCACUGUGGACCAGUAUGGGAACCUUUACAAAUUAGCUGUGCCUUCUGCCACCUUCUCUCCACCAGGUCUUCAUCCUGUGGUGAAUAUGAGUCCUCUUCAGUCAUCUUUCAAUGUAGCUUCUCCUUUAAUGCAGCACCCAGGCAUAACUUACCCCCCUAUCCAUUAUGCUCCCAUCUCACACACAUCAGUACAGUUUCUUGGGUCCCCGUAUGCAGUUCCAUACGCUGUACCUCCGGGCUUCCUCCCACGUGCUGUGAUAUCACCCCCUGUGACUUUGGCAGCCUCUCAUGUUCCUCACUAUGUGCCAUAUAACUCGAUCCUGACAGAGGGAGUCACCCCUCCGCCACAACCUUCAUCUCCUCACUCGUUCGGUAAAGUUACUACUGCACAGUCCUCGUCUGUCCUUAUGGGUGUAGUGCCUGUGGAUGUUGGAAAGGGAAGAGUUCCUGUAUUUUAUCAGCAUUCUCCUCAAGUGCCCGCAUCUUAUCCUGUGCAUGAGAUGAUUGUGGCAUGUCCAUCUAACCCGGACCCCAGUCCCACAUCCCAUAAUGACAAAGUGUGCGAGGGAAUGAUCACUUCUACGAAUGGAGCCCAGAGAUUAUCAGACUGCGUCUCGGAUAGUAGUCGUCAUGUCAUUGACCAGUACAUCCAUAACCCAGAGGAACAGGUUGUACGGGGACCUGCCAAUAAUCUGUUGGACUGCGAUGUAUACUCAGGACAAUCUACAAAAAGGACAGAGGUUGCUCUAAUGACCCACAGGAGCACACCAGAUGCGGAUUUAGAAGUUCAGCAGGUGGUAAGGGGCUUGGCUUCACAAGAGUUCAGUUCCCCGUCCGUUCAGAGAAAAGACUUGCCGAGUCCAUUAAAUUUGUCCCAUAAUGCUAGUGAGCGUCGGGAGGUGGCAGGGGGUACUUCUUCCCAUGGAAACCUGGCCAGUCCAGCACCAGAGAGGGGCCAGCAUAGAAAUACGUACUCUGGACAGCAUGUGGUCAAAUACACGGAUAGAGCCGCAGUUGUGUUAAACGGGGAGUUAUCACGAGGAGCUGUUCGCCUGGAACAGAGUCCGCUUCCGGGGGCUCCUCAACCUGCCUCUAAAACCCCUGGGGCAAAAUCUCCUGAUGUGCAUAUUCGAGACACACAGUCAGACAGAAGCUCACCGCACGUGGAUGCAGCACCCAUGCCUCCCCCACAUUCCGCUGCGUUACCCUCCCACUUCAUGAAAGGAGCCAUUAUUCAGCUAGCCACUGGGGAGCUGAAAAGAGUGGAAGACCUACAGACCCAGGACUUUGUGCGCAGCGCAGAGGUCAGCGGGGGUCUUAAAAUUGACUCAAGCACAGUUGUGGACAUUCAGGAAAGCCAGUGGCCAGGAUUUGUGACUCUCCACUUUGUAGUGGGCGAGCAGCAGAGUAAAGUUUGUCUUGAUGUUCCCCCAGAACAUCCUUUCUUUGUGUAUGGACAAGGCUGGUCUUCUUGUAGCCCCAGGCAGACUACCCACCUAUUUGCACUUCCCUGUCACCGGCUUCAGGUGGGAGAUGUUUGUAUAUCAAUAAGCCUGCAGAGUAUAAGUAAGAACGGCGCAUCCACCACCAAUUGUACCUCCACAACUCAGUCUGUGCCUCACCCCACUGAGAGAGCAACGUUACUCACCAGAGACAGGACAUCGUUGUCUGGGAGAGAGAAUGAAGAGGAGAGUCCGCUUCAGAAGGAUGGAUCUGCAGUGGCUUAUUAUGCCCGGGCGUCAUGCCCUGCUCCCACAACGCAGUCCACUUGGUCAAGUACAGGAGUCCAAAGAUUCAGCCCUGAUCCCCAACCAUCACCUUCUCGACACACUUUCAUUCCUCAAGAGGUUAAGCUCUCUAUCGAGGGGCGGUCAAAUGCAGGGAAGUGACAAAAUGCCCCUUGGUGGGAUUAAAAUUUGCACAGUUAAGAGAACAGGGAUAAUUGGUGAGGCUGCGGAGGGGUCCCUCCUGCCGGUCGAUGGCAAAAAGCAGGCACGAACUUUUGCAACUCAGUAAGGAAAUGCAAUGAUUUUUUUAUUAUUAUUCAGUCCCCCAUCCCCAUGUUUAUUAUUUGAGCAGAUUCUUUCCUCAUGGUUUAGGGUACAUCCUACACCGCAAAAAAGGCACA